AUGGGUAGUGGCUGUGGUCCCACUGUACACAAAAAAAAAAUAAAAAUUGAAACUCACAGCAUGGGUGAAUCUGAAUUGUCAUGUCAAUCCUUUCUGAAGGCAUGGCUGCAUAAUCUUGUUUAUGAUGGUGCCUUGGACACAAUACAAUCAUAUCAAUUGUUCAAUUUCAAUUCACAUUGUAACCAAUGGCCUGUGAAUGAUAAGAUGGACAAGAAGAUUCGGGAGCUUACCAAUGAAUUGGAGUUUGCCAAUAGGAAGUGUGAAGUUUAUCGGGCUAACCUCCUUUCAGUUUUGAAAGACAUUGAGGAUCAUAGGCUACAAUUGUCCAUCAAAAUACUCUGCAAAAUGCGUAUGCUCAUACCAAGAGGGAAACUAGCAGUCCAUGUCAAAGAUACUUUGUUACAGGGGCGGCAUAAUGCGGAAGGGGAAGACAGAUUUUAUGUUUUUAGUCCAGCAAGGAGUAUGCAAAAUCCAAUGGACGAAGGUGAUGUUAAAAUCAGUCAACAGGUGCUUUUCUUGAUGGAUUUUUUUGACCGCCUACACCCGUUGAUCCAUCUGGGUGCUGGGUUAGCGGGCAGUUAUGGAGCAUUACUUCUGCAGAAUAUCCAGCUUCCCUAUCCUCACAUCAUUCUUAAUACAGCUCCUGCAGAAUAUCCAGCUUCCCUAUCUCACACCAAAACGACGCUUCAUGGCAGCUCGAUUAAAAAGCUUCAACUUGCAUGCAUUCCUUGGACUAGAGAUAAACAAAGAAGAAAUGAGCAAAUACAGAAAAAGUCGAGUCAAAACAAAACGGCGAAAGUCAAAAGUUUCUCAUACAAUGAAGGGUUUGCUAAGGGGAGGGACGACAAGUUCUUCCACUUUCUAGGGGACCAUGCCACCAUCUAUGCUAAUGCCCUCCAGCUAACUCCUGAAACCCUCAACGAUCAGUUCGUCGACAUUCAUUACAACAAGUCCGGCCGCAUUUUGUACCACAAACCUUUCAGGCUUUGGUUGUCUUCUGAUAAUAGUGAAGAUGAGGUAUUGGCCUCCUUCACAUCAACCUUUGUCAUUAAUAUUUACAGAGAAGCUACCUGGGAUGCUGGUCACGGCCUUGCAUUUCUCAUAGCUCCAGAUCUCAGCAUACCUCAAGCUAGCUAUGGGCAAUGGCUUGGCCUCACCAAUGCAACCACUGAUGGUAAUUCCACAAACAGCAUCAUAGCAAUUGAAUUCGAUACUGAAAAGCAAGAUAUUUUCGACCCAGAUGACAACCACAUAGGGCUCAACAUCAACUCCAUCAAAUCAAACAAAACCAUCUCUCUUGAUGCCUAUAACAUCACCAUAUCACCAGAACAAGGCACCAACUACAUGAUCUGGGUCCAAUACGACGGAUUCUCCAAAAGGCUCCAGGUGUACAUGGUGAAAGAAGGGGAGCCAAAGCCCCAACAACCACUUCUUAAUGAGAUCAUAAACCUCAAGGAUUACGUGAAACAGGAAUCCUACUUUGGGUUCGCUGCUUCUACAGGUAAACCCCACAUUGAACUGAACUGUGUUUUGAAAUGGAGUUUAGAAAUAGAUAGUCUACCAAAUGAAAAAGAUCUCACCUGGUUGAAGAUUUCUGUGGGGGUGGGAGCUCCUUUGAUCACGAUAGCCUUAGUUCUAUGCACAGCAGCUGUUUAUGUGAAUCACAAGAGAAGAGCAAAACUUCGAGUUGCAGAGGAGAGUGACUUUGGCAAGUUGAGAUGGUUGCCUGGGAUGCCAAGGGAGUUCAGGUUUAAGGAUCUGAAGAAAGCCACCAACAACUUCCACAUAAGCAUGAAGCUCGGGGAAGGCGGAUUCGGGGUCGUUUAUAGAGGUUUACUCCAUGGCAGGGAACCCCACAGUCAUAAUGAAAAUACCACUGAAAUUGCUGUCAAGAAAUUCUCGAGAGACAACAUCAACGGCAAGGACGAUUUCCUGGCUGAGCUCACUGUCAUUCACCGCCUUCGCCAUAAGCAUCUUGUCCGGUUAAUGGGGUGGUGCUACGAGAAAAGGAAGCUUCUACUAGUAUACGACUUCAUGCCUAAAGGCAGUCUGGAGAAGCAUUUAGAUGAGGCUUCCGGCCAGACUACUCUGAAUUGGAGUCAUCGAAACAAGAUACUAGUUGGGUUAGCAUCCGCGUUACAUUACUUGCACAAUGAGUGCGAUCAGAAGGUAGUGCACCGGGACCUCAAAGCCAGCAAUAUCUUGCUUGAUGAGGACUUCAAUGCACGGCUGGGUGACUUUGGCCUUGCGCGAGCGUUAGAGAAUGAUAGGAAUUCUUAUGCAGAGCUGGGGUUAGGAGGAGUUCCUGGUACAAUUGGCUAUGUUGCCCCAGAGUGCUUCCACACAGGAAGGGCUACCCCAGAAUCUGAUGUGUUUGGCUUUGGGGCAGUGGUGCUGGAAGUCGUCUGUGGGAGAAACCCUGGAGCCAAGAUCCACCAUGACCAGCAUCUCUAUUCCUUGGUUGAUUGGGUUUGGAUGUUACAUCGCGAAAGGCGCAUCGACGAAGCUGUUGAUGUCCGGCUCCAGAAUGAUUUUGAUAUUAAUGAAGCAGAAAGGCUUUUACUUCUCGGGUUGGCAUGUUCACAUCCCGUUCACAGUGAAAGGCCUACAACACGAGAUAUAGUCCAGAUUAUUUCUGGAACUCUGCCAGUCCCCAGGGUAUCUCCAUUCAAGCCAGUCUUCACGUGGCCUUCCAUAGACAUGGCUACUGCAACAAGCAUCACUGAUGGCUCACUUUCCAGCAUCACUAAUAGCUCACUUUCCAGCAUCACAUUGUCUGCCCGAGAGAGUAUCAGAAUACAAAAGGUAAACAGCUUUCAGAGGGCUACAUCUCGUCUUUCAGUUUAAGUCUCAGGCUUCGAAGAUGUGGAAUUAACACAAAUGGUACCAGGGACUAACAAAGAUCGCUACAAGCUUCCCUGAUUUGCACAUUCUCAAUUGGGUGUCUUUUAUGUACCCGUUUGUUCAACACUCUGCCUAUCCUAUGUAUGGUAUUUUCUCUCUCGGAUUCAAACACUUGAUCUAAAAACCUUGGCAUGUACCUCAAUCUACUUGAGAUGUGCUUUUCGAAAUUGUGACACAGUCAGCACUCGAUUAACCAUAUUUCUAAAAUUCAGCUACUCUAUAUAAUUUCUAAUUCA